GCGUAGUGGCACCGUGUAAUGGCGACCGUGCCGUGGCUGCGACGAGCUGUUUGAAAAUGAAGCGGAGAAGAAGUUAUUUCUAUUAAAGUGAAAACGCUGAGGUUCCCCCCGCCCGAGGAGGACUUUGCGUCGACAAGCGUCGCCUUUGAACGUGGUCAACUUAGCCGUGCUUUUUUGAACGCCUGCGCACCCCCGUCCGCAAUGAUUAAGCUCAAGUCAAACCAGACCCGGACGUAUGACGGGGACGGCUACAAGAAGCGCGCCGCCUGCCUGUGCUUCAGGAGCGAAUCGGAGGAGGAGGUGCUGCUGGUGAGCAGUAGCAGACAUCCCGAUAAGUGGAUCGUUCCCGGAGGGGGAAUGGAACCUGAGGAGGAGCCCAGUGUCGCUGCUACUCGGGAAGUGUGCGAGGAGGCGGGCGUGAAAGGGACGCUUGGUCGCUUAGUCGGCGUGUUCGAGAACCAGGAGAGGAAACAUAGAACCUUCGUCUACGUUCUGAUCGUGACGGAGGUCCUGGAGGACUGGGAGGAUUCGGUCAACAUUGGGAGGAAAAGGGAAUGGUUUAAAAUAGACGAUGCCAUACAGUUGUUGCUGUGUCACAAACCCGUGCAGGCCACCUACUUCGAGGCUCUCCAGGAGAGCUGCCUGACCAGCAACGGGACCCCCUUGGUGGCCACGAUAGGCGGGGAACUCUCCCCCACCUACAGCAUCAACCAGAGCUCUGUUUCGGAUAUCAGAUAACUAAAAACCAUAACUGAACACCACCCCAAGCACCAACCACCGCCCCCCUCCGCCCUCCACGCCGGAAGCUUUUGGCCACCACUUGCGCUCUUACUCUUCUUCUUUUACUCGAUCUGCUUUGCCUUGCCAAGUCCUCGGCGCCGCCGCUGUCUGGAUGACGAGUGUUGGCGGAAACACUUUGUACAUUUUUGACCUAUUUUCUUUUUGGUUGUUUUCUUUUUACUGAACCCCGUUGCAUGAAAACAAAAAAAGCCCCCCCCCCCCCCCCGCGAUGCCCUCAGCGUGUUAACUGAAUGCAAAAGAACUACAUUUUACUGUUGUCAUGUAAAAGUGUGUAUCUCUCGUGCUUAAAACUGAAAAGCUUGUGGUGGUCCUCUUUUAACAACGUCCCCUCCUUUUUGUUUUUCCGUUUGUUUGUUUUUCCUCUCCGUGCCCCACUUACCUCUUUUUGUCUUUAGCUUUUAGUCAAUUUUUUGGCUCCUUUUAUUGUGCUCAUCAGACUAUAGUUUGAUCCUCUCUGGGACUCAUCUCACUCUUGCACGGUGCACAUUCACUCCAAAAAGAGUGAAAGAAUGUCAACAUAGCUUUGCCUUUGGCGGUAUUAUUAUUAUUUUUUAAACUCUCUCCUGUAAAUGACUGAAAUGUCUUCCGCCGCACGCCGAAGGUCAAAGUACAAAUAUUUCAAAAACCAUGCAGCACAUAUCCUGUUUUCCCUCCUCACAUUCAGUUUGCUUCAGUUGUUUACGUUAGAGGUGACUUUAGUGAGCAUAUUUCCUUUUUCUGUUGUUUUUUUGAUGAACUUCCACCCCACUGUAUUUACACAGAUGCCAACCCGGUAGGCUGAAGGCUGUACUCUGCUCCUGACGUCCCCCUCCCGCCUCCCCAAAUAAUGCAUCCUGUAUAAUCUUGCUUGCAUCUUUGCGUGUAGUGUCACACUGGACACACAAUGCACGCAGAUAGUUGUGAAGAAUCAAUUAGAUCUCCGUGACGUCGGGAGUGGUACCAAAUUCGGCCUCCCGGGGGCAUUCUGGUGACAUGGAGAGGGUCUUUGUAUUUAAUCUGCACCCCACCCAAUUUGACAUUGAAAGUAAGUGAAUCAAUGAUGCUGUCUUUGGCAAGAUGCAGCGCAAACAAGCCUUCUACAGUGUGACAUUGUUUUUAACAUGUAAAAUGCUUUUUGGAUACUAGUUUGUUAUUGUUUCUUUGUCUCUAAACGUCUAGCAAGAGUCUCUUUAGCCGUGUCACGAAAGCUGCCGGCUCCAUACUGUGAAACUGGAGGCCCUGUUGUAGAUGAGCACGGAAGAGGAUUUUAUUCUAAAUUGUUUAUUUCUAUACAGAUCAACGGUGAGCAUACAAAGGUGUCAUUUGAACUGAGAAUGGGGAUCGAUGAAGUGCCAGUCAGCCAUCUGCGCAACGUUAGUGAAUGAGCGUUGAGGCAGAGAUUGAAGAUAUAAUACCCACCACAUCCUUAAUUCCAACCAGUGACUGAACAGGCUAAGUGGUAGAAAAUGUAUGGAUAUUGCACCAGAAAGCGACCACCCCUGAGUCCACUGUGGUUUCCUAUGAGAGGGUUUCUGUCACUGGUCCUCCACCCUGAGUUUGUUGUGGAAGUUGCUGACACAGGAGGUUGAAGUCGAUCCACGCAUUUUACGUCUUCUGAGGUAGCAUCAGACUCAUGACGGUCGCUGUGUUAAAGUGGUUAGCGGAACUGCUGUAUGAAAGGUGCUGACAGGGACAGAGGAAGUCGACCUGCUGGUUUUUCGACUUCAGGGAUAGUGUCACAGGUAGGAUGGCAGCUGUGAGAAAGGGGAUAGAAGAAAGAUGCAUCGUCACUGUGUGGAAGGUGGUGUCACAGACUCAGGUGUCGAUGUGCAGAUUUCACAAUUUCUGAGGUUAUAACGCAGGCAGAAUAGCACCUAUGUUAAAGGGUAAACAGCGGAAAAGCGUGUCACUCCUAUGUGUGCAAUGGGGUGCUGAAGUCGACCCAGUGAUUUUUCCGACUGAGGUAGUAACAAGCGUGAUGGUGGAUUGUGUUAAAGGUAACACAGGAGAAAGACAUGCCGCUGGUCUGUGUGAAAGGUGCUGACGCAGUACUGAGGUGUAGAAGUCAACCUGCUGAUUUUCUAGCCUUUGGGGUUGAGGCAAGAUAGCGGAAAGACUGUUCAGUGUGAAAUGCGGUGCUAAAGUUGAAGUUCUGGUUUCCCAUGUACAACCCCAAUUCCAAUGCAGUUGGGACGUUGUGUUAAACAUAAAUUAAAAACAGAAUACAAUGAUUUGCAAAUCAUGUUCAACCUAUAUUUAAUUGAAUAGACUACAAAGACAAUAUAUUUAAUGUUCAAACUGAUAAACUUUGUUUUUAGCAAAUAAUCAUUAACUGAGAAUUUUAUGGCUGCAACACGUUCCAAAAAAGCUGGGACAGGGUCAUGUUUACCACUGUGUUACAUCACCUUUUCUUUUAACAACAUUCAAUAAACGUUUGGGAACUGAGGACACUAAUUGUUGAAGCUUUGACGGUGGAAUUCUUUCCCAUUCUUGCUUGAUAUACAGCUUCAGCUGUUCAACAGUCCGGGGUCUCCGUGGUCGUAUUUUACGCUUCAUAAUGCGCCACACAUUUUCAAUGAGAGACAGGUCCAGACUGCAGGCAGGCCAGUCUAGUACCCGCACUCCUUUACUAUGAAGCCACGCUGUUGUAACACGUGCAGAAUGUGGUUUGGCAUUGUCUUGCUGAAAUAAGCAGGGGCGUCCGUGAAAAAGAAGUUGCUUGGAUUGCAGCAUAUGUUUCUCCAAAACCUGUAUGUACCUUUCAGCAUUAAUGGUGCCUUCACAUAUGUGCAAGUUACCCAUGCCAUUGGCACUAACACAGCCCCAUACCAUCACAGAUACUGGCUUUUGAACUUUGCAUCCAUAACAGUCCAGAUGGUUCUUUUCCUCUUUGGCCCGGACGACACGACGUCCACAAUUUCCAAAAACAAUUUGAAAUGUGGACUCGUUGGACCACAGAACACUGUUCCACUUUCCAUCAUUCCAUAUUAGAUGAGCUCUGGCCCAGAGAAGCCGGCGGUGUUUCUGGGUGUUGUUGAUAAAUAGCUUUUGCUUUGCAUAGUAGAGUUUCAAGUUGCACUUACGGAUGUAGCGCCGAACUGUAUUUACUGACAUUGGUUUUCUGAAGUGUUCGUGAGCCCAUGUGGUGAUAUGCUUUACACAUUGUCGGCUUUUGAUGCAGUGCCGCCUGAGGGAUCGAAGGUCGCGGGCAUUCAAUGUUGCUUUUCGGCCUUGCUACUUGCAGCGAUGCAGUGAUUUCUCCAGAUUCUCUGAACCUUUUGAUGAUGAUAUGGACCGUAGAUGAUGAAAUCCCUAAAUUCUUUGCAAUUGUACAUUGAGAAACAUUGUCCUUAAACUGUUGGACUAUUUUCUCACGCACUUGUUCACAAAGAGGUGAACCUCGCCCCAUCUUUGGGAAGCUCCUUUUAUACCCAAUCAUGGCACCUACCUGUUCAUCUUUGGGAUGUUCCAAACAGGUGUUUGAUGAGCAUUCCUUUUUGGCCACCUGUCCCAGCUUUUUUGGAACAUGUUGCAGCCAUAAAAUUCUAAGUUAAUGAUUAUUUGCUAAAAACAAAGUUUAUCAGUUUGAACAUGAAAUAUCUUGUCUUUAUUUAUGUUUAACACAACAUCCCAACUUCAUUUGAAUUGGAGUUGUAGUACCAGAGGCAGACUGGCAGCUGUUAGAGAGAGGUUUAGCAAAAACAUGAGUGAAAGGUGCCCAUGUGGUGAAUGAGUAAAUUGUGCAGCUUAUGAGGUUGCAUGAGAGGCAGAACGGCGGCUAUGUGAAAAGGGAUAGCUGAAAGACACGUCACUGCUUUUACUGUGUGUGGAAGUUGACCCACAAAUUUCCCCACUUCUGAGGUAGUAUCAGGGCAUUAUGUCAGCUGUUAGUAGAAAAACAUCUCGCUGGUCUUUGUGAAAGGUGCCGACAUGGAAUGGGGUGCUGAAGUCUCCUUGGUAAUUUUUCGACAGAAUCAGAGACAUUAUGUCUGGUGUGUUAGCAGAUAGAUCACUGUUCUUUGUGAGAGAAGCCCCUGCAGAAUAGGGUGCUGAAGACAAUUCAUAAAUGUUGCGGCUUCUGCAGUAGCGUUAGAGGUGGAACGGUAGCUCUAUGAAAGGGGAUAACAGAAAGCUAGACCAGGAUGUGAAAGAUGUUUCAAAGGCCGUUGAUGGAAGCCCAUCAUGUGAAACCACACUGACAACCUGAAACCCUUCUCCUGCAUCUGGCUCCUUUCAGGCCUCUGCGACAAUAGAGACUGAAUUUAAUUGACUUCCUCAACCAGUAUAAGUAGCAGUCUCAUUUAUUGCCGUCUAAUCAGAAAGGCGCGGUGGCCAAAGUCUUAUGUUUACGACGCCCCUCUCAGGAUGUCAUAAGGUUUCAGCGCUCCCUCUGAAUGUGCAAUCAAGUCGCGGAGGGCAACGACCUCAGGCACGCCCCGCUGGGAAGAAAGAGUCUUUUGAGGUUUGAUGCUGACCGGUGUCACGAGGUUACUUGAUCAUUCAUACAUAUAUUGGUGACACUAAUAUUUUGAACAUUGCAGACAUGUAAUCAAGGAUGUUUUUCUUUUUUAAUACAAGUUCAUCCUUUAGUCAAAAUUAACAGGUGGUGUUAAGAGACACCAAAUGGUCUAUCCAAGCAUGACAUGCAUCUGAAAUGUAUUUUAUAGUCAAAAUUAACAGGUGGUGUUAAGUGAGCCCAAAUGGUCUUUCUAUCCAGGCAUGACAUGAAUCUGAAAUGUAUUUUAUUUAGGCUAGUGUCAGCAUUACCAAAGGUGAUAGUGCAGUUGUGUAGUAAUUGGCUCCAUCUGGUGGCCAAAUGGGUUAAACAUCACAAUAGAGGAUUGUACUUAAUUUGCCUGCUGAUUCAAAACAUACAUAAAACUGAUUUGAAUUUGGUUCCCCACUCAAAAGUCCUCACCAUUCCUUCCUUUCAGCCGACAACCAUCAGCCUGGAAGUUACAUCCUCGUACGUUUGUGUUUAACGUGUCACUGGACUUUUUUCCCUCCUUCCUCUUGUUUGGGACUGUAGAAUAAAACCAGUGCAAGAAGACUGAAGAUUGUAAUAUAAAUGUGCCAACAAUAAAACACCAGUAUUUCA